UGGAGACCUUCAGGUGACGGCCAGUGGCCACAGCACCUUCUCGACGGCCCAGAAGGCUGUUGGGAAAGACAACUUCACCCUCAUCCCUGAGGGAACUAACGGCAUCGAGGAGAGGCUAGCCAUCGUCUGGGAGAAGGCUGUGGCGACAGGCAAGAUGGAUGAGAAUGAGUUUGUUGCGGUGACGAGCACCAACGCUGCCAAGCUGUUCAACCUGUAUCCUCGUAAAGGAAGGAUCGCUGUGGGGUCAGACGCAGACAUCGUGAUCUGGAACCCCAAGGAGACCAAGACCAUCUCAGCCGCGACCCACGCACUGACAGUGGAGAUUAACAUCUUUGAGGGCAUGGAGGUCCGGGGAGCCCCGGUGGUGGUGAUCAGCCAGGGGAAGAUCGUCCUGGAGGGGGGAAAGCUUAACGUCACAGAGGGCUCUGGACGCUUCGUACCCAGGAAGGCUUAUCCUGACUUCAUCUACAAGAGGAUCAAAGCACGCAGCAAGAUGGCUGAUGCCCGUGGCGUCCCCCGAGGGAACUAUGAUGGACCGGUCCAUGAUGUCAUCAGCAUGACUAAGUCAGUGCCGGCCACUCCCUCCAGCAGGGGGCCCCAGUGCCCAGGGAAGGGCCCCCUCGGCCCCACCAGGAACCUGCACCAGUCUGGUUUCACCCUAUCCGGUAUGGGAACUCAGAUUGACGACCACAUCCCACGACGCUCAGCACAGAGGAUCGUGGCGCCACCCGGUGGCCGCUCCAAUAUCACCUCCCUGUCGUGAACCUGGGAGCUCCUUGCUCCUCGCGUCUGCUGUAGGGAGAAAAAUAAAUCAACUACUGUAGCAACAACCAACUACAUCAAUCAAAACAAAUCUCACCCGGCAUCCAGAACUAAACUCAACAGUGAAACCUGAACAUGCAAUCCUCUUCUCAGAUACAACUGUAAAACAGUAUACAGAUUAGAACUACAUUUACCACUAGUAGUUACCACCAGUAUACAGCAUAGAACUACAAUUACCAAUAGUAGUUACCACCAGUAUACAGCAUAGAACUACAAUUACCACUAGUAGUUACCAGUCAUUCUAUUUCUAUGGUAGACACACCAACUGAUAAAACCCACUAACUUAGUACUUUGAUCUGUUAUCCUUUAUCAAUAUUGUGAUCAAUUCCUCAAAUCAAUUUAUCUCAUCGCCCAUCAAUAGUCAACUGUCCCUGUCAAAUCUCCAUAGCAUGCAGCUUAAACAGUCUCUGUCUCCUCAGUCAGACAACCGUCUCCUCAGUCGUCGUCUCCUCAGCUUCACUAUAGCUUUACUAACAUGGUGAUACAUGAGUCCUAGAUGAAAGUAGUUCUCUUUAGACCACAGAAUGCCUCUCAGCUCUCUCUCUCUCUCUCGUCGUAGUGAUGCCUGCUUCAAUGCUUCUAAGAAACUCUGUAGUUGAGUCCAACAUGGAACUCUAUUCCCUAGAUAGUGCACUAGAGGACAAAAGUAGUGCGCUAUCUAGGGAAUAGAGGGCCAUUUGAGACUGAUGCGAACUUGUUUUUCUCUGUCUGUUGUUAUUUAGUCAUGGCUGUAGGCUAUUUAGGCUUCAUCUUACCGUCUCUUACUGUUAUGCAUGACUUUUCCUCUUAAUCGUUACUCAUUACAAAUACAACAAGGGAAAUAAGUGUGUAUUACUGUUACUGUGAACAGACUGUAGGGACAGUCCUCUAGUCACGCUUGUCUUAAUAUUAUUAUGAUGUUUUAUCCCAAUGCAGGUGAGCUAACUUUGCUUCCAUGGUAUAUUCAGUCAGUCAGAAUAGGAACUUCACCAAUCCUUCUAUUCAGUCAGUCGGAGUAAUAACUUCACCAAUCCUUCUAUUCAGUCAGUCGGAGUAAUAACUUCACCAAUCAUUAUAUUCAGUCAGUCGGAGUAAUAACUUCACCAAUCCUUCUAUUCAGUCAGUCAGAAUAGGAACUUCACCAAUCCUUCUAUUCAGUCAGUUGGAGUAAUAACUUCACCAAUCCUUCUAUUCAGUCAGUCGGAGUAAUAACUUCACCAAUCCUUCUAUUCAGUCAGUCGGUCGGAGUAAUAACUUCACCAAUCAUUCUAUUCAGUCAUUCAGUCGGAGAAAUAACUUCACCAAUCCUUCUAUUCAGUCAGUCGGAGAAAUAACUUCACCAAUCCUUCUAUUCAGUCAGUCGGAGUAAUAACUUCACCAAUCCUUCUAUUCAGUCAUUCAGUCGGAGUAAUAACUUCACCAAUCAUUAUAUUCAGUCAGUCGGAGAAAUAACUUCACCAAUCAUUCUAUUCAGUCAUUCAGUCGGAGUAAUAACUUCACCAAUCAUUAUAUUCAGUCAGUCGGAGAAAUAACUUCACCAAUCCUUCUAUUCAGUCAGUCGGAGAAAUAACUUCACCAAUCCUUCUAUUCAGUCAUUCAGUCAGAAUAAGAACUUCACCAAUCCUUCUAAUCAGUCAUUCAGUCAGAAUAAGAACUUCACCAAUCCUUCUAUUCAGUCAGUCAGAAUAAGAACUUCACCAAUCCUUCUAUUCAGUCAGUCAGAAUAAGAACU